AUGGCGCAGGGGACAGUGGUCCACGUGGCCCCAGAGCAGCCCACCCACGCGGUGUGCGUGCUGGGCACCGCGACCCAGCUGGACGUCUGUGGCUCGGCCCCGGGGGACUGCACCUCUUUCAGCAUCAGCGCCUCCCCAGGGGUGGUGGUGGAGGUAGCCAGAGGCCCUCCGACCAAGAAGAACCGCACGGGUUCCUCCAAGUGGCCCCUGGACCCCGAGCUGGAGGUCACCCUGAGGGUGAAAGCGGCCAGUGCUSUCACAGGUGACCAGAAGGUUCGGAUUUCGUACUACGGCCCUAAGACGCCACCUGUCCAGGCCCUGCUGUACCUCACCGGGGUGGAAAUCUCCCUGCAGGCAGACAUCACCCGCACGGGCAAGGCCAAGCAGCCGGGCAAGGCCAAGCAGCCGGGCAGAGCCUCCAAAAACCAGAGGACCUGGACCUGGGGCCCCCGGGGACAAGGGGCCAUCCUGCUGGUGAACUGUGACAGGGACAACCCCAGCUCCUCAGGCAUGGACUGCGAGGACGAGGAGGUGCUUGACAGCAAAGACCUGCAGGACAUGUCCCUGGUGACCCUGAUCACCAAGACCCCCAAGGACUUCUCCAGCCAGCACCGGCUGGUGCUGCACGUGGCCAAAUCCGAGAUGGACAAAGUGCGGGUGUUUCAGGCCACGGGGUGCCAGCUGCCUUCCAGGUUCCAGGUGGUCCUGGGGCCGGGGCAGCCCUGUCACCUGGUGGAGCUCGCGGGCGGCCAGCACAGCAGGGACUUCUACCUGGAGGGCCUCACCUUCCCGGACGCCAGCUUCCCGGGGCUCGUCUCCCUGGGCGUCUCGCUGCUGGACACGUCCAACCCGGAGCUCCCCGAGGCCCUGGUUUUCCAGGACAGUGUGGCCUUCCGCGUGGCCCCCUGGAUCAUGACCCCCAACACCCAGCCCCCCCAGGAGGUGUACGUGAGCAGGRUCUUUGACAACGAAGACUUCCUGGAGGCAGUGGCCGCCCUGGCCAAGAAAGCCAAGUGCAAACUGACGGUCUGUCCCGAGGAAGAGAACAUGGACGACCAGUGGAUGCAGGAUGAAAUGGAGAUCGGCUACACCCAGGCCCCACACCAGACGCUGCCCGUGGUCUUCGACUCCCCGAGGGACAGAGGCCUGAAGGACUUCCCCAUCCAACGCGUCAUGGGUCCAAACUUUGGCUACGUGACCCGCGGGCCCCAGACGGAGGAGAUCACCGGGCUGGACUCCUUUGGGAACCUGGAAGUGAGCCCCCCGGUCACYGUCGGGGGGAAGCGGUACCCGCUGGGCAGGAUUCUCAUCGGGAACAGCGGCUACCCCAGCUGCGACAGCCGGGAGGUGCACCAGACCCUGCAGGACUUCCUGGGCGCCCAGCGGGUGCAGGCCCCCGUGACGCUGUACUCCGACUGGCUGUCCGUGGGGCACAUCGACGAGUUCCUGAGCUUCGUCCCUGCGCCCGACAGGAAGGGCUUCCGGCUGCUGCUGGCCAGCCCCAGGUCCUGCUACCGGCUGUUCCAGGAGAAGCAGGAGGAGGGCCACGGGGAGCUGCUGCUGUUCCAAGGGGUCAAGAAAAAAAAGCAGCAGAAGAUAAAGGACAUUCUGUCCAACAAGAAGCUGAGAGAACACAACUCCUACGUGGAGAGCUGCAUCGACUGGAACCGCCAGGUGCUGAAGCGGGAGCUGGGGCUGGCCGAGGGGGACAUCGUGGACGUGCCGCAGCUCUUCAGGCUGGUGAAGAACUCCAGAGGGACCCCCAAGGCUGAGGCCUUCUUCCCAAACAUGGUGAACAUGCUGGUGCUGGGGAAGCACCUGGGCAUCCCCAAGCCCUUCGGGCCCCUCGUCAACGGCCGCUGCUGCCUGGAGGAGGAGGUGCGCGCCCUGCUGGAGCCGCUGGGGCUGCACUGCACCUUCAUCGACGACUUCUACACCUACCACGUGCGCCACGGCGAGGUCCACUGCGGCACCAACGUGCGCCGGAAGCCCUUCUCCUUCAAGUGGUGGCACAUGGUGCCCUGA